CCCCUCUUUCGCUCUAGUCUCUCGCUCUUAGACUUCUCUUUCCUUUAUCCGCCAGCAUGUUGCCCUCCAAAGGGUUCGUGACGGCAGCUCUGCUGCUGUCCGGCGUCCAAGCCCGCUUCCCUCGCGCGUGGCUUGCGGCUCGAGACGUUGACACCACAACUCCCGAGCCAGCCACUACGACCACUCACUUCCCGCUUCCAUUCGAGACCACUACCCCUGCUGCGUCUACAGAUGUCUCUACCUUUGUGACGAGUGCUGAAAGCACCGACUCCACUAAUGCUCUCACUCCUGUGGUUGAUACGACAACUACGACUGAAGCCUCCAUCACCACCGACGCUUCCACUACUGCCAUCACUACUGAUGCUUCUACAAUCAGUGUCUCUGCUACGACUGAAGCUUCCACAACUGAAGUCCCUGCCACGGAAACGACCGCCACGGCUGCCCCUACCACGGCCGAAACUUCCCUUCUCACUGGAACAGGCGCCCUGAUCGGCGUUCCUACUGCUGCCACCAACGCUGCCAGCUCUUUCACCGAUCUUGCAGCUGCUGCAUCCUCCAUCGCCGCCAACCCUACGCCGUCCGCCGAAGAGGUCAAUGCAUUCCAACAGCGUGCCGAGGAGGAGUCUGAGGAGCUCCAGCGCAUCCAGGACCAGUUACAGCAGGUUGACCGUGAUAGCCUCAGCGACGACGACUCCCACAGAGUCGAGGCCGCCCUCAUCGGACUUGCGGCUUUGCUUGGCUGGUUCUCGACACAACUCGCCGCCCUUGCACCGGCGGUGACCACGACGACCCUGGCUCCCGCAGUUUUUGCAGACCUGGCUACCGCCUUUGGUACCGCUGCUGCUGGUGGCCUUUUGGCUGAUGCUCUGGACGGACUGGAGGACUUGGGCAACGAAGAUGAUGAUGGCGACGAUAAUGAUGAUCCUACCAACACCGAGCAGUCUUCAGCCGCAUCGUCUACAGCCUCCGAGACGACUUCUACGACUUCAUCCGCCGUUUUCUGCAGCGCAAUUCCUUACGAGCUGAACCUCCAGAUUUCCGAUGACGACGACAACUCGUCAGACAAUACGAGACGGCGGUCCGUUGACUCGUUCCGUGACUCGGCUGUUCAGCUACACGAGCGUGGCCACAUUGAAAAGAGGGCUCGGACUCCCUUCUUCGGGUUCUGCAAGAACGUCGCUCCCCCGAACUUUCCAUCCAACCCAUCUGCUCAACAGAUGAUCAAGGCAGAGGACAAACCCACCAAGCAGAACCAGGACUGGAUAGACAAGAUCCUCAGGUGGUACGACCGCAAAGAUUGCGAAGGCGGCGACUUGACGCCUGGCUGGACUAUUGUCGACAGCACCAUCGCAAAGGCCAAGGGCGCAGCCGCCGGCGGCAUGUCCGAAUACUGGACUGUCGAUCAUGUCUGGGAGCUCAAGUUCUUCACCGACUUCUUCGAGAUUGAUCUGGUCCCUAGUAAACGGAGCACAGGUGCCAAGCUUACCUGCGACGAGUUUGAUACCAUCUUCAUGACCCCGUAUGCCUGCGGCAAAGCCCCGAAAACGGUCAUGCAACAGCUGGUCGAGAAAGCCCCCAGUAGCGCCCCAAAAAGUACACAGCUUGAGUUCGUCAUCAUGCAGAAACAAAUCAAUCAGAUGAAGGGUGCCAUGUUUAAGAUUGGAGAGCUGAAGGAAGAUGGCUUUACUAGCGAAUUCUCGGGCUCAACUCUCAAGACAAUCCAGACCCUCGAGGCUAUCGGAAACGCCGUCGACAUUUUCAACUACGACCCCGUCAAGGCCCUUUUCGAGACGACGAAUCAGCGCAUGUACAAUUCCUUCCAAGGCAUCGACCAGUUUGUGACGGACAAGGCCAUUGACAUUUCCGGGGGCGGGUUCAGCUUCGCCGAGAUGUACCAAACCUUCAUGGACGACCGACUCAACAGUGACGCCGCGGCAGCGUGGGAAUUCGUGCAGACCUGGACGACCAAGGUUGAAACGGACAUUGCAGCAUUGGAUGAGGAGGACGAAAACAAGAAAACACUGACCGAACUCUUCGACGCCUUCAAGGCUAGCAAGUACGCCGACGCAGGUCAUUAUUCGUUCUCGGCCAACAGAGAUCUCGCUGGCGCUGGAGGGGAUGUGAUUGGCUUCAAGCGAGGCCUCGAAGGGAGAGAUGACGGUGACGGUGACUCGUGCCCUAUCUCGACUACAGAGACUAGCACGGCCGCUGUCACUACCACCGAGUCUAACGGCCAGUCGACGACUGCUGAAGAGUCUACUACGGAGCAGACCACCUCGGAGUCUACCGCCGUUACAACCACUGGAGAGGCCAGCUCGACCACCGCCACGACGGAGCAGACGACGGAGCAGACGACGACGGAGUCUACCGUUGUCACUACUACAGAGUCUAAUGCUACAACUGAAACGACCAGCGAUUCCAUAGCUUCCACUACCGAAGAGGCCACCUCCACCGAGUCCACUUUGGUCAUUUCCUCCACCGCCACGACCUUCUCCACGGCUGUCAUCUCAAGGAGCACCUCCGAGGAAUCCUCGACCAUCACCAGUUCUACCGAAAGCGAGUCUACGAGCACGCGAACCACGCCUAACAUUAGGACCGUCACCUCCGACGGCAUGGUCUGCACAUUGAUCGAGGGAUCGCUUCACCCUGUGUGCACCCCCAUUAAUGUGCCCACAGCUAAUCCUGACGGCACCAACAUCCAUGUCAACCACGGCUGUAUCCUCAUCAACAAUUCUCCCCGGUGUGCCUCUGAUGCCGGCUCCAUCUCUAGCGUCUACGAGAGCUCGUACAACGUCGCCUCCAACCCUGAUGAGCCUUACAGCACCGCUCUGAUCCUUUCCGGCUUCGACUCGAGCGUCGACAACCACCUCCACGCCUUGGCGACUUGCCAACUCCAGGCUCGCUGGCCCGCAAACUACGGCGACGUCUACUUCGGGGAGGACGGCUGUCUCUACGACUCCGAGAGCAACAAGAUCUUCGAUCAAUGCUGCAGCACCCCCGACGUCAACAACAACGGUCCUGCCACGAACCCCUACGCUCCCCCGGCACCUUCAGACUCUGAGCAGGAUCACGGUAACCACGAUGGCUCUGCCAUCUGCGCCUCCAUCUCCAAGGACACCUGCCUGUACGCCGCGGCACGCUACGUAGAUGACGUCGUGUACCACCAGUACACCUCGGCCGUCUGGCCCGACGACACAGGCAAGGACAUUGCCAGCUUACUCAUCCCUACCGAUAUCAUCGACUUCUUCGGAAUCAACUACGGCUGCACCGUCAUCUGGACCUGUGACAAUGAUGACGCCUUCUCCCAGGGCAUGACGGGCAAGCAGAUCAAGGACUCGAUGCUCAAUAUCUACAACCUCAACGGCGCAAAGGGUUGCGGCAGCACGUACCUCGACAACGCAUGCCACGUCACCGUUAACGGCUGCAAUAACUGUCGUGACGCAGGUCAUGCGCAGACCCUGUGGAGUCCGGUUGACGUGUACGAAAGGACGUAUGACGAUGCUAAUGAUGGCUUCCCCCCCAUGCGACGAUGAGGCUAGAUACCGAUAGGGUUAUUUAUAGUAUAG